UAAUGUUAACUAAUCUAUUUUACAGAAUUAUAAGUUCUAAAAUGUCCAAGUCCAGAUCUCUCGUAAAUCUAGCCAGUAAACUUGUAACAGCUAACUCAAGAUCUGUUUCCAAUUUCACCAACCCAAGGCUUCUGUCCAGUGUUCUACGAACCCCUACCCAGUUCUCCUGCGUAGUACCAGCCAGAGCAUUUGCAACAAAAGGUGAUGCUGAAAUUGUCAAGUUUCUAGCAGAGGAGAUAGCUUCAGAGAAACAAAACCAGAAACCUCUGACUAAACUUGAAGGAUGGGAGGUGAAGAUUGAAGGCGCCGAGGUUACCUUGACCAAGUCUGCCCAAGGAGAGAAGAUUAUCGUCAGUUUAAAUGUAAACCAUACUGUAGACUCAGCUGAACCUGAUGAUGGAACAGGAGAGGCUCCUGAGAUGAUGUCCCGACCUAAUUUCGAGGUUGAUAUUGUCAAGAGUAAUGGGAAAACAUUAUCCUUUACAUGCACAUACGUCCAUCCAGAGGAGAUGGCACAGGAGGGAGAGGGACCAGAGGAUCUGUUUGCUAUCGAGGAGGUUACCAUGUACGAGGGGGACAAGAUAUCGGAUAAAAACUACGCCGUGGCCGGGGAUAUUCUAGACGGUUAUCUUUACGAUCUGUUUAUGCAGAUGCUAGAGGAGCGCGGAGUGAACAGUGAGUUCGCAGAUAAUCUCUCUGAAUGGUGUAGCGCGCACGAGCAUUCACAGUAUAUCAACCUGCUUCAGGAGAUUGAAAAGUUCGCCAAGAUGUAAACUGAUGUCACGUGAUUAAUAUCACGGGUCAAGUGAUUAUCAUCUUAGUGACGACAUUUUGAAUACGUGAGAAAACUGCAGCUGGGACUUGAGUACAGACAUUGUUCAUUGCAUUUAUGUCGUACUCUUUGACCUGUCAGGAGGGUUGGGGACAUACUGAAGAUUUUAUUAAACUUUCUACCUGAAUAAAUAAUUUAUUUCACAAAUAA